GCUUUUCUGUCUACCCACAGAAAUGAGUGUGGGAGCUACAGUUGUAACCUUCCGUUGAGCAUGUGAAAUAUUGAGGUGCCAAGAUAUGUGCAUAAACCAGAGAAUUUCUUUGUAGAGAUUGUGUGAGGAAGCUAGGAGUGUCUUAUUUCUAUUGAAACUUUGAGAGACAACUGGUGGUGCUUCUUGAACCCUGACACAAACAGUAUGUGAGAAGCUGGAUGAAAAUUGUGUUAAGACUACAUUAUGAAGAUUAUAAAGAAUAACGAUGCCGCCAAGAAGAUGGCCCAAAGGCCCAAUCGAGCUUCCAGAGCAGAAUCGAGGAGUCAGGCUGAAAAUUUGAUCCUUUCAGGCUGGCAGGGGAGCGACGAAGAUGAGGAUGUCAAAAUAGACAGCUCCGACGAUGAGAAGGCUUUUUCUGUUCCUAGAAGGAAAUUGAGAGCGAGGCCAAGCAGUCGGCUCGGAGACAACUGGCAUCACCAAUCAAGGGAUCUUGUUCCUGAACAGAAUAAACCUGCCACCUCACCUCACUUUGAAAGCUCGGGUCCGGGUCCUGGACCUGGAGGCGUCUCCGAGAUGAAGGUUAAGAGCCUUGAUGCACGAAGAUUUCGAAAGGAAUUAACCGCCAACAAAGCUGGAGCUAAGAUGGCAGUCAUACCACAAAUUUCCCCCAGCGAAUCUCCAAUGAGAGGCAGCCUUGGGAAUGAGAAGAGAGACAGAAGGAAAGAAGCGGCAGUGGAAGAUCUCGACGACGGAGAAGGUGUACGUGCAAAAGCACCGGACACAGGGAAGAAGCGACACUUAGUGAAGCAAAGCCCAGUCAAGAAUGGAGCUACAGUUGACAUAACUGACAAGGAGCAGCGAGACUAUCCGAAAGAGACAAAGAAGAAGAAAGGGAGGGACAGCAAGGAGACUACUGAAUAUGACGAUGAAGAGAGUAGGAAACGGAGAUACCGAGAACUGGAGCAAGCUCAGAGAGCUUUAGACAGGAAGCUUACGUUAAGAGAGAGACCAGAGUCACGUUCACGAGAUGAUGGAUUAAUGAGAGAGAUAAUUAUUCAGGGUAACGUUGGGAGGCGACUUCGAACGGCCAGUAGAAUUUUGCCCAAAGAAACAGACGCAGUCGGACGGUUGCUUGUGGACAAUGAAGUCGUGACAGCAGCUUCGGGAGUUGAGGAAACUUCAAACUCAGAGAAAGUGCUCCAUUUCAAAAAGAAAGCGAAGAGAUCUGAUCAUAGAGUACCCGUCAAUAUUGAGACAGAAGUGAUCUCUUCUGCACAUUUAGACAAUCAUGCAAGCAAGGAGUCGGAUAUGUCAUCAACACCCCGUAAAGGUAAAGAUACGGCUAAGAAGUUGGACAAAUUAACAGUAACUAUGAAACUCACAGAAAACAAAGAUGCAGACCUUGAAACUGCCGAGAAGUUAUCUGAGAGGAGAACGACCAGAAGUGCAGAGAAACUGCGAGAAAUUUCUCCCUCAAAGCCUUCCCUAAGUGUUCCCGCUGAAGUUUUCUGUGUCUCGAAAGCAGGAAGUAAGAAUCCUGGUGUGGACACGGGAAAGGACUGCCCCCGAGAAGAUGAUUCGACGUUGGUUCCUCUUUUGCAGUCCGAGGAGUUAAGUAUUCCAAGAACAAAAUGUAGAGGCUCGUCCAUUGACGGCAAAGUUGAGAAGUCUGUAGCUUCUACCAAGAAGGCUGAUAAGGACACAGUCGCAGGGCAACAAGCAUCAGUUGACGAGGAUGAAAGCAGGGCGAUUGUUCACUCACUUGCGCAUUUAGCGGGAGAAAGUCACCAGGCUGGUGACAAAACAAUGGCCUCUGAGAAGUAUGGAGUAGGUGGACAAGCAGGUGCAGGCUCACAAGUCAUUGAUGACAUCAGUAGGGAUGGAGGUUUAGACGGUGAGAGCACUAGGGCUUCAAGGAAGAAGAAGAAGAAGAAGAAGAAGACUGGCAUACUCGGUAUCGAAGCGGUAGACCAUCCCAAUGAGAUGGCUUUGAUUGAUGACAGGAAUUUGUCCGAAGAAACUCAGAAAAUACCCGAAGAGAAUGACAAUAGCAUUGAUGGAGGUUUAGACGGUGAGAGCACUAGGGCUUCAAGGAAGAAGAAGAAGAAGAAGACUGGCAUAUUCGGUAUCGAAGCGGUAGACCAUCCCGAUGGGAUGGCUUUGAUUGAUGACAGGAAUUUGUUAGAAGAAACUCAGAAAACACUUGAAAAAAAUGACAACAGCAGGGACGGAGGUUUAGACGGUGAGAGCACUAGGGCUUCAAGGAAGAAGAAGAAGAAGAAGAAGACUGGCAUAUUCGGUAUCGAAGCGGUAGACCAUCCCAAUGGGAUUGAAGAAAAUGACAACAGCAGGAAGGAGAAGCGGGGUUCGGGUCCUACUGAAGAUGACCGUAACCAGCUGAUUGGGGUGAGUGAAGAAGCUAAGGUCGCCGAAAAUAUGGACGUGGGACGCAACGAAGAGAAGGAAGACCGUGAUAUUUCGAAGCCGAUGACUAGAAACUCUAUUGAGAGAACAAAAAUUAGUGCUCCUGCAUUGUAUCAAUCUGACAAGACAAAAGACCGCCCAGUAUGCCAGGUCUCGGAAGAUAGUGUUGAAGAUAGAGAAUCAAGGUUGCUUCGGCCUCCUAGUGAAGGUCUGGCAAAGCCAACUGGGCUCGGUGGAGAGUCUUGUUUGGACAUCAUCCGUGAUACAAGAACCCGAAGUCAGCAGUCACUACCAGGAACUGGUCAAGGACCUGAAGCGGAGGUAGCAACGGACAAGUCAAAUGAUCAACUUGAUGCGAGGAGGGAAGGCAGUGCGGCAACUUCGGUUGAGGGAGAUGGCGACAUGAGUUUGUCAAAUGUGCUCAGUGAAAGGAUCAGAUCCCGGACCAAGAACUCCUUCGUCGAUGAUAGAUAUUCAGCUUUUAAUGAAGAGGAAGAAUCAGAUGAAUUCUCUAUCCUCGAACAAAACGUUGUUCGAACAGCCGACAAUGACGAGGAUCGGGAGGUCUACAGGUCUUUGGCUGGAGGAGUAGCACUCCAUGACCAGACUACAGACACCCAUGCUGUGGGCGAUCUGACAAUUGAAGAUGUUGACGAUGAUCAUUCUGAAGAAGCAUCAGAGGUUGAUGACCACAACAGUUUCUGUGAGGCCUGCCUUUUGGGAGGAAUACUACUGUGCUGUGAUGCGAGCGGUUGUAAAGUUACAUACCACCUGGAAUGUGCUGAUCCAAAUAUGAAGGAGGUUCCUGAGGGCAAGUGGUACUGCCCUACUUGUACCCAGAAGCGUCUCUCGUUUGGAGUUAAUGCGAGUCUCAAAGCCGUCGAAAGUAUUUGGGAAGUUCGAGAUUGCAUUUGCCAUUCGUGCAAUGGUUCUCCUGGUGUCGUACUUGAUCAGAAUAGGCAUGUAUUAGGGGAGCUCUCUGGGAUGCUACACGAAGUAGAGGACGUUUCAUAUCUCACGAUGAAAGCUCAGGAUAAGGGACCUGGGAUGGUGGAAGACUCCCCAAGCUCAAGUACAUCUAUACCUCAACGACUAACCAGGCGGAAGCAGUCGGAACUUGAGUCUCGUAGACAGUUAGAGAAACGUAAGGCUGAUGUGGUUCCCUCGACCGAAGCAGCGUCCGCUGUGGUGUCCCAAUCUGCAGAGGGUCCCUGCGGAGGUUGCGACAAGCAGUAUUUUGUUAAGUAUAAAAACCUUUCUCAUAUACACAAUGCUUGGGUUUGCGAAACCGAGCUCAAGAAGGCUGCUCCGAAAAUGCUUGAGACUUUUAAGAAAAGGCUGGAGUCGGAUAAUCCGAAUCAGGGCCGCAUCAAGUGGCAGUCAACCUGGCAAGUGCCUCAACGGUUUCUUUUAAGAAGGCUCAAUGCACCCCCUCGUCGUCCGGGUGGAGGGAGAGGCAGAGGCUUUUUAGGCAUGGAUGCUGGCCUGGAGUGGUUUGUCAAGUGGCAAGAUCUGGGUUAUGAGCAUUGCUCAUGGGAGCAAGCUCAGUCAGGCCUUUUGGAUGUUGAAAUUUCUAAAAGACUAGAAAGCAAUUAUGACAGAUGGUGUGAAGGUGCGAGGCGGCGGUCGCAUCCAACUCGUAUUGAGGAGGUUAUGAGGUUACGUGAGGCUGAUUUCAAGCCUCUUGCCAAGCAGCCAGAUUGGUUCCAAGGGUGUAAAUUGAGUACUCACCAGUUGGAAGAACUAAACGGUCUACGCGAACGCUGGUAUCACCAUCAUAACACGUUGAUGGUGGAUGAAAGUGAUCAGGAGAGAACAAGAACUGCUGUAGCUUUUCUUCUCUCCUUGAUAGAGGAGUAUGGAUCGUUCAGACCGAUACUUGUCAUAGUGCCGUUGAAUGGGUGUCAGAUGUGGGAAUCAGAGUUACUUCGAUCUGCUGAGCACGUAUACACAGUUGUAUAUACUGGAAGUACGAGCGGGAGAUCCGUGAUUCAACGUCAUGAGCUCAAUCCAUCUGAGAAACCAAUCAAAUUCCAAAUAGUGUUGACAACUUUCGACGUUGCCAACAUUGAUCAUGAUCAUUUGAUGAAGUUUGAAUGGGAAGCAGUUGUCUUGGAUGAAGGCCACCGUUCGAGGGUAACGAAGUCGUAUCGCCAUAUGCAGUUUAUUGCACCACAUCGAUUAAUUCUUCUGAAUGACUUUUCCAAGUGUUCUGUUUGGGAAUUGCAGCAGUUUGUGGUCUAUUUGGAGCCAGAGAACCACGGUCUUGAGUCAGAAUUACAAAAGCAGCUGGGGGAAUGGGAUGAGGAGACUCAACUUACGUUUUUGAAAGGCAAGCUUGGGGAGAAAAUGGUCGGAGAAAGCAGGUCUGAUGAAACAAUUCGCCUGGAGUUCAAAGAGCAUUGGGCCGCAGGGCAGAUGACACCCACUCAAGUACAUCUUUACUGCACUGAAUUGACCAAACAUUACAGCCUGCUGUACUUUGGCCGUAUGCGCUCUGAUCAGACUUCGUCUUCUAUACAUGGGCUUAUCGCAACCCUUAGAAAUGUGUGCAACCAUCCAUUUCUCGUUGAUCCAACUCUGCAAGAAAAUCUGCUUCUCAAUCUCAAACCGGAACAAAGUCUUGUAGAUGCCGGGAUUCAGUUGUGCGGGAAGUUUGAGACGUUGCAACGGAUGGUCUCACAUUUACACGUAAAAGGCCGGCGCGUACUUCUACUCUGUCAGACUGAUGUGCUGUGCUGCUAUUUUGAUGACUAUAUGAGGCAGCUCUUUGGUGCCGAUUCUUAUGAGUGCGUUUUUAAAGGCUCUGAGUCAAACAAGAAUCAAGCCAUCCAAAGGUUUAACGCUGAAGAUUCCACACGUUUUGUUUUUAUCUUAAGGAAAAACACUACAGGCGUCUCCUUUCAACUCCGUGAGACCGAUGAUGUCAUUGUGUAUGAUAGUGACUGGAAUCCUGCUAAUGAUCUACAAUACCUCGAAAAGGUUAUUUAUAAAGUGCAGGGGCAACUUAACGUUUACAGACUUUAUACUCCUCUGACUGUUGAGGAAGCAGCUAUUGUGUACUCCCGUCAAAGAAAGCUUGAACUUCAGAGUGGUUUGAGAAUCAUGACUGCGAGGUAUUGUCAGCAAAUCGUGAAAUGGAAAGUAAAGGAGCUACUUUCUCUGGAUGAUUCCUACAAGAGGAGACGUGGAUCAGAGAAAAUACACAUGGCCGAGAUUCCUGAAGAUAUUGUAAGAGCGAGGGAAGAAAACGCCAAAGUGAUAAAGAAAAUUUUAGAUGGCAUGUUUGAAAACGAGGCCCUAAGCUUGAACGAAGAGAUGCCUGAAGAGGAUGGAGAGACGGUCAAAAAAUUUUGGUCCUCUAUGCUCAAAGAUAGGUAUACCGGCUUACAAGAUGACGACCUGACAAAUGGAGGAAAAGGAUUGCGCAGUAGAAAGCGAGUGCACUAUGGUGAAGAUGCUUUAGCCCUUGCAUCGUAUGCAGCUGGGAAUGAAGAGGAAGUCAGGAAGAAGAGGAGAAAGUCACAGGGCUCAGAGCUAGUCCUGCGUGGAAGCCCUAAGGCAACUAUUUUGAAUUCUUCAGUCAAAACAUCUCCUGUACCUGUUGUGGAAAGCUCCGCCGAUGAGACCUUACCAGCGGGUUGCAUCACGAAAGACUUGAAUAACUUGGACGCUUCGCUAGGUGAGCAUGUGGAAGCCGCGACUGCAAACGUCAGAGGGACCGGUUGCAUCACGAAAGACUUGAAUAACUUGGACGCUUCGCUAUGUGAGCAUGUGGAAGCAGCAACUGUAAACGUCAGAGGGACCGGUUGCAUCACGAAAGACUUGAAUAACUUGGACGCUUCGCUAGGUGAGCAUGUGGAAGCAGCAACUGUAAACGUCAGAGGGCCCGGUUGCAUCACGAAAGACUUGAAUAACUUGGACGCUUCGCUAGGUGAGCAUGUGGAAGCAGCAACUGUAAACGUCAGAGGGCCCGGUUGCAUCACGAAAGACUUGAAUAACUUGGACGCUUCGCUAGGUGAGCAUGUGGAAGCAGCAACUGUAAACGUCAGAGGGGCGAGGCAGGCCGAAGAAGAUACAUCCGCAUCUCAAACACCCAUGACGCAAAGGGAAGAAUCUGUGUCAUCCUUACCUCCAGGGAAGACUUCCACAAAGUCCGCCGGUGGUGUAAACGCAACAGCAAGCGAGGAAGGGAGGAAAACCCGCAGUGAGCAGCAGCAGAUUAUGUUAGGCCUUUGGAGACCAGAUGUCAUCAAGAUAUGCAAGACUUUAGACCUUUCGGAGAAGAUUGCAACCUACGCAGAUCAGCUGUUGGUGUACUGCAUGAAAAGCUAUCGAAUGCCCAAAGAUCCAAAGGAUCUGGUGCUCCAAGUGCAGAUCGCUCUCUGUGUGGUUGCUGCCGAACGUUUCCAUCAAGAACUCGAUCAUUUGACAACCCUGUCCAGAGUGGAAGAGGCUAUGGAUGUGAAACUGAAGAGAGAAUCAUGGUCCGAUAACUAUCAAAAGUUUGUGAGUUGUUGCAAGGAGUAUCCGUUACCGUUGACACCGGCAUCAGAUACAGAGCAACACAUCCAAGCGCAAAAAGCAGACAUCGCUCCGGAUCCAUUAAGACCGUCGAAGUCCACGGAAAAUGAGCUAUCUGUGCCAAUCCCAAUGCCUAUUUCUGAAGGUCCAGAGAACAGCGUGCCAGUGCAAGAUGUGGACAAACCACCAAUUCUUCAAACACCGGAUUGUCGUGAGACCACCAUUAUUGUUGAGGAGCCAGAGAGCCCUGAUCAACGAAAUUCCUCACCAAAUUUAGCUGUUGCCAGUGUUCACGCGGAUCAAAGUCAAUCGACAGAGAAGGACAAGGAACUCCAAGCCAAAGGAUUACCAGAGGUAUCGUCGACAGUGCCUGCUCAAAACGCGGACGCUCUAGCGAGUAGUUUACAGGAGGUGCAGGCUUUAGGUGAGACUUCUGUUACUCAAGAGAUCAUGCAAACCUCGGUAUCCCAGAUGAACAAGGAGCAGAUUCAUGAAAAGUUGAAAACAGAGAGGCAUGAAAUCAACUCAAUCGUCGUGUACCAACAAACUCAGGAACUGAAUGAGUUCAACAGGUCGAGAACAUUUGCUAAAGAAGGCCUGCUAAAGCGUCAUCAGGAGAGAGUUGCUGAAUUGAUGAAGAUGGUCGAUUCAGUACAAAGAACGAAUGCUUUGAGAGUGGAAACGGAGACACACGCGGAAGACUUGAGAAAAGUUGAUACGGCGUACGAUGAACAACACGGCAUGUUAGUUAAAAGGCAAAGAAAGAUACGUGAUGAAAUACAUUCAGUAUACAGUGAUCUGCUUCAACAGUUGGGUACGGGAACUUCACGUAGUCUUUAUUUGGAAGCACAGAGCAUCUUGGCAAAAAUUGGAGUAAAAUCUGCAGCAGGGGCCCAAAGUGUGUUGCGUGCCAUUUCAGAACAUGCGAAGAGGAAGAAGGCUUCGGUGGAUGCUAUUGAAGAUCCUGUAGAACAAGUCAGGAGUCAGACUGGGCUGACGGUAGUACAGGCUCCAACUCCGAUAAAUCGUGAAUCACCGGAUCUGACUCAAGCCAUACAGAAUCUGUCUCCACUUCAGGCCGUUGCAGACGCAGGAGGUCAUCCUCAGCCUCUUCAUGUAACUCAGCCGUCUCAGCUACAGCAAUCUGAACCCUUAUUAUCGUCUGACACUCAACUGUCUCAGUUGUUGCAGCCUCAUCCUCCGUCUAUGGCUUUUAUGGCACAAAUUCAGCAAUCAGCUGCUCCUGCUUCACACAUGUCUCAUGCUAGGAAUCCACCGCAGGCAUUACAACCAAGUCUCUCCCCAGUUCAAGCGCACGAAGUACACCAAUCCCUGCCUCCUCGGCCAACUAUAUCUCCACGACAACAGUAUUUACCAGUUCAAGAAAACCUACAGUCACCUCAUCAACAGGUCUCUGCAGUUCAGUUUCCAGUGGCUAACUCUGUACCAUCUCAACUUACUCAUCAUGCAGGAAGGACGCUCGCUUCGCAGCCAUCACCUCCCAGUCAGCCACAAUGGACAGCACAAGCGUGGCAGGUUUCAGCUGAGCAGCAAAGAAACAUCCAAGCACGACAAGUGCAAACACCAACGAUUCAACGCCAGCAAGCAUCAUGGCAUGCUACUUCUUCUGGACAAGGUUUCCCAGCAUACACGCGACAGCAACCUCAGUCACAACAAAUUGGCAACCAAGGCCAUGUUCUACCGAGUACGGUAGUUUCUUCUACUGCUACUCAAGGAAGCCAUACUGGGCAUACGAUCAUGUCAACAUACACCCAGGCUAUGUUUCUUCCUCCAAUCCCCGCAAGUAUGCUGGGUCCUGAUCCUAUUUUACAGGAAGAGACUCGAUUGAAGAAGGAGAAAGAGAAGCUUAGGGCUGUCCAUGAACACAAGGCCGCCGAACUGAAGGUGCAGUAUGCAAGAGAGGCUGAGGAUGCCCAGAGGAAAUUUGAAGCAUUGAUGGCGGACUUGAAGAAGAAGUUUGAUGGUUUGCUUGAAGAGAACAUCCGAAGUUACAAUCAGCAAAGUUUAGCUAUCCAUCAAACCCACGUCAAAGUGCACCGUAGUCGGCUGUUGGCCGAGGCUUUGAGAACCAGAGGCAUGUUUGACGUCGCAUACCAGCAUCGCGCUACGGCUCAGCAAGGUGACGAAUCUGCCGCAGGGAGUGGGCAAAUGAGAAGUUUACAGACUGGAAUAGUAGGUCCGUCUAGUCGAGGCCAAGUACAACCUGCACCAACAAGUACAUUGCCGAUACGUCAUGUUGCACCGGUCAGCAGUGAAGGCAUCUCCAAUACUGGAAAUGGGCAAGUGGUGUCUGCAGCUUCACCAGCCAAUCGUGCAUAUUUGCAAAGUUUUCACCAAAACAAUGUUGUGCCCUCUAGGAUUGGAUCCGCUUCGCAGGGGGAGUUAUCCCCGGCAAGCAUUCAAGGCUUCUCGUCCUCUUCGGUUGCAACCCAUCCGACUCCUAGUCCGUACCAGAGCAGUAUUUUCCCGUCAACAGAUGUGGAAGGUCAGAGAACUGAAAGCGCUCUAGGUAACGUACAACCAAACAACAAUUUAUCAACUGGGCCAAGAUUAUCAGUCCCUCCUACGGCUGGUCGCAUGCUACCUACCUCGCAUCAGAGCAACCUUUCAGCAAGCUCCCCAUAUACAGGUAGCUCAAAUGUUGCUGUAAAUAAUCCUAGCAGGGGACCACUUGGUGCACUGCCUGUCCAGUCGUCUGGCCGAGUCAAUGGACUUGGUGGGUCACCAGGUAUCGGGUUGUGGCAAAGUUGCAGUCCCAACAGCAUCAUUAGACCUGCUAACUGGCAUAAUGGUGUUUCUCUCAUGAGUUCUACUCCUAUGGCUCCUCAGCCAUGUACAACAGAUACUUUGCCUAGUCGAAUUUCUGGAGAACCUCCUUGGACUCACACCAGUACAGGAUCCGGAACUUCUAAUCCUCCAUCAGGCGGUUCAGUUCAACAAUGUUUUGAAAAUUCUCACACAACACAAGUCUCGACAUCUCAAAGCACUGGAAGUGUCAACCCACAGCGAAGAUCUUGGAGUAUGGACGGGACGGGUAAUCAUCCUGCAAUAAGUCGUAUGGUGAGUCAAUCUUCAAUCGUUCCGGAUGGAUUUUCAGAGAGUUUGGUUUCUGUGAGCACAACUGUCGCAGCUACUGAAAGAUUACCAGUGGUAACAGACACUGUUUUAGAAUCAGUCACUGGUUUAGAAUCUGUGAAUUUGGCUGGAUCCACUAUCCCAAUGCCCGAGUCUCGUCCCGUGGGCGACUGGAGCAGUUCGGCUCUGCCGCCUCCCACUUCACACCCAGGCUUGUCUACAAUGGCACCUAGGGAACCUGAAUUGGCAGGUGUUGCCACGGCGGAUUUGCAAAGUGGAGGUGUUCCCACGGUGGAUGCGUUGUGUGGAGAAUUGGUAGACCGUCCAAACGUGCCCCCGAAUACUAACAGGCCUGAAGUCAUAUACUUAUCCGACGAUGAUUAGGGAAUCAAGUCAAGGGUACUCAAGUACUCUGCAAUUUUGUCGACAUCAUGCACGCCGCUAGAUGUGCUUCGUGUACGUGAAGCAGAGGCAUUUCACAGUUACCAGCUCGAUGCCGUAUGACACAGGUCGGUCGUUCAGCAUUUUGUGCUCGGCAGUAUUUUGAUAUCAAGCAUGCCGCUGGACGAGUUAGGAGUCCCAUGCAGGGAAUAGUGUUUUCAGCGUCCCAUGGUCAGCUCUGUUUAGGAUCUAUGAAGGCAGGAAGAGGUUUCAUCGGAUGCAGCGCAGGAAGGUUCUACCACUCUUGCAUGACGAGGAUUUCUGUCAUGUCUGACGUGAAACUGUAUUAUAUUUAGUCGAUCCCAGACUGUAAAAUAUUCAUGAGUAAUCAUUCUUUUCCUGUCCGUAGCUGGACAAGCGAGCAAAAAGUUUUUCUUCAGAUUAUCUGAACACGUAAUCUCCUAAAGGUCACUUCUGCUCUUGUACUAUGCCAGUACUCGUAAAGAUCUAUUGAGAUCUGAUUUUUGAGAUACUGCAUGUUCGUUAUCACGAAAACAGGACCUUACACAGCUGCAUAGGGCCGAGUCGCAGGUUCUGCUCUGC